CAUUAUUUCACUAUUUAAUUAAUUAUUUCAUGGUCCUUGUGUUGCAGUGGAUCAUGAAUUUAUUUUAUCUGUCAACCUCGCCCGUCAAAGUCCGUGGGCGGGACUAACGCGAAUCUAGUCUAAUCCACUGCUUUGGUCUGCCUUGAAACCAGAAGUAGAAGGAGUCUUUCUAAACGUGAUGGAGGAUCUCCGUGAACUUUCGAGAGAGUUAGUGACAGACAUUUUAGACCUUGCCCAGUACGUGGAAGCAGGACCUGUUGACCCCGAGCAUGUAGUGUAUAAAGCGGAGGAAUUUAUUGAAGUUGUUGGGGUUAUUUCCGCACUUUCCGGCCAAGAUGUUGACCGUAGAGCGACAGCAAAUUUAGAAGACGUACUCCGCCGCUUUUCUGGUACCAGGGCGCAACAGGCGCACACACAGGGACCAGGGCGUUUGGCGUUUGACAUACCAAGGGAAGUUCUGGAACAUCACGUUCUUUGUGGAUUGUCAGCCUGUCAGAUUGCAGCGAUGCUCGGAGUGUCAAAGAGGACCGUCAGGAGGCGCAUGCAACAAUACGGUUUAAGAAAGACAGACCUGUAUUCAGCAGUGAAUGAUGAGGAGUUGGACCGUAUUGUAAGUGAAGUCCACAGAAGACAUCCAAACACCGGCUACAAGCUAAUGCGUGGUCAUCUGAAUGCAAGAGGUGUGCGUGUUCCAAUCUCAAGACUGCAAGAGUCUUUACGCAGAGUUGAUGCAGAGGGCGUCUACAUGAGACGUCUAAGACUGCGUGUAUUAAGACGACGGCAGUAUUCUGUUCCUGGCCCAAACUCUUUAUGGCAUAUAGAUGGCAAUCAUAAGCUCAUCAGGUGGAGAUUUGUUGUCCAUGGUGGGGUGGAUGGAUUCAGUCGUUUAGUCGUCUACCUGACUGUGGCUGGCAAUAACAGAGCUAGUACAGUCUUACAGAGCUUUAUUGCUGCUGUUGAGCAGUACGGGCUGCCAUCAAGGGUGCGGUCUGACAAAGGGGGCGAGAAUGCAGAUGUAGCAGAAUUCAUGAUCAGGAGCAGAGGUACCGACAGGAAUUCGCACAUCACAGGCAGAAGUGUCCACAAUCAACGAAUAGAAAGGAUGUGGAAAGAUGUGUAUGAACAUACCCUGGACCUCUUCUAUCAGAUCUUCACUUCAUUGGAAGAUCAGGGAACACUGAAUCCAGAAAAUGAAGUCCAUCUUUUCGCACUGCACCGGAGCUUCCUUCCACUAAUCCAGCAAAGCCUUGACUCUUUCAGGGAUGCUUGGAACUUUCAUGGUCUUAGAACUGAAAGGAAUCAGUCACCACAGCAACUCUGGAGAAGAUACAGAGAGCAAGGCCCUACGGAGGAUCCUACUGAGGUUUAUGAAGACUAUGGAAUCGACUGGAACGGACCUCACAGUCUUCAUGGAGGCACUGUGUCAGUCCCCGAGGUUCAGCUGGCCCGUGAGCUCUCGCUGGAAGAGGUUGCCAUUUUGCCAGCUCCAGGAGUUUCUGUAACUGAUGCACUUAGAUCAUAUGUAGAGACUGUGCAAGUUUUAUCAAGAAUCAUAGAAGACUGAUGUCCAACCCCUGCUUUUAUUUAGCAUAUUACAACAAGCAAGCAUCAACUGAAAAAGUUUGCUUUCCUUAAAAAAAAAGCUGUUUUACUUUGGUCCUCUACCAUAAUCAUUGUUACGAUCUUGUAAAUGCACUUUAUGCACAGAAUGAAUAACAUGAAUGUUGUUCUGUUAACACUGAAAGCUGAAGAUGCAGAACUGUUUGGUUUCAGUAAGUGGAAAAAAUAUUUUGAAUAAAACCAUUAUCAACUACUACACAGUA